AUGUCUCUCCCUCAACCAGUUCCCCCUUCAUGGAAGGACCUCGGAAAGUCGUCUAAUGACUUGUUGGGAAAGGACUAUCCUUUCCACGGAACGUCUCUGGAGGUCAAGACCAAAACGCCAUCAAAUGUCGCGUUCAAAGCCGGUGGAAGCCGGGACUCGAAAACUGGUGCCAUCGCUGGGGACAUUGAGGCCAAGUAUGUUGAUAAGAAGAACGGCCUCGUUUUCACCGAGACAUGGACCACUUCAAACGCGCUCAAAUCUCAGCUUGAGCUCGAGAACUACCUUGCCAAAGGCCUCAAGCUUGAUAUCGCUACGUCAUUGACUCCCGACAAGGGCCAAAAGUCAGCCUUGCUUAACGUGGUCUACAAGCAGUCUGGCGUCCACACCCGCGGCGCAUUCGAUGUGUUCAAGGGCCCCACCUUCACCACUGACACCGUCUUCGGUCGCGACGGUUUCUUGUUCGGUGCUGAGACCGCAUACAACGUCACCGAGGGUAAGAUCACUCGGUAUGCCGCUGCCAUCGGUUACAACGCUCCCGAGUACGCUGUGACAGUUCACGGUCUCAACAACCUCAAAACUUUCACUGCGAGCUACUACCACCGUGUCAGCGCUGACGUCGAGGCUGGUGCUAAGGCUGUCUACGACUCCAAGGCAACGACUUCAGGUGUUGCACUUGAGGUGGGCACUAAGGCGUACCUUGAUUCGGCUGCUUUCGUCAAGGCGAAGAUCAACAACUCCGGUGUUCUCGCCCUCGGGUACACACAGGCCCUCCGUCCUGGUGUUAAGGCUUCCUUCGGUCUUGCCCUGGACACUCAACGCUUGAACGAAAUCAACCCCACCGGCCCAACUCACAAGGUUGGGGCUAACAUUGUGUUCGAGUCAUAA